UGUUUGGCGCCAAAUCUCUCUCGUUCUCUCUCGUUCUCUUCACUGCUUCUGCUUCUGCUUCUGCUUCGGCUCGUCGCUGCAGAGCAGCUUGCCGAAGCUCGAUGGCGAGUCUAGGGUUUCGCCAUCCUCAGUUCUCCGAGGAUCUUGCUUGGUUGCCGGAUUGGCUGCAGCAAAAUCAAUCGGAAUUUCCUGCGGAGCAGCCGUUCGAGAACGCGGCGCUCUUUCGAGAGAAUGUCGGUGAAGAGAGGUGGUCGGGAUUAUCGUCAGAGGAUGAAGGUGGAUACGCCGGUUGCCGUUUGUUCUUGUCCGGGGAAGAUGGUUCGCCGUUCUUGUCGGGGGGAAAAGAUGGUUCACCGGGGAGUCAUGCUCAGUCUCCUGGAAAAGUUCUUCAUUUUCACCUACGAUUCUCGUACAACAGCGGCUCACAGUCACAGUGUACGAAAAGCCAAGAAUCUAAUGCAUCUCUGGCAGGGAUUCAGUCUUCAAAAAGUACCCAGAUUCAACGAGUUGAAAAUGCAUCUCAACCUGUUGAGAAGGUUAGAGGAAGUGUGCAUGGAGAGAACUUGAGAAGACAUCUCAAGGAUGCAGAUCUAGAUGCGGCAGUUGAACUCUCGAUUGCUGCAUCUGAAGCUAUGGCUAUACAUGAAUUGGUAGAGAAUGAUUCAGCUUUAAAAUCUCUACCUGCAGCAGCUGUUGUGGAGGUUGCACUUCGGGUGAAGGAAGCACGCUUAAAGGGAUCGGAAGAGGUGUCCAAUUCUGUGAUCAAGAGGACUGAAGAGGAUAUAGACUUGGAUGAUAUUGCUAUGUUAGAUGCUUUUAAAGAUGUAGGGCUGUCUUUCAUUGACUAUAAUGAGCGAGGCAUGAGUGAUUUUGACAUUUCUCAAGUCAAAGAAACUCCGUCAUCUCAAAUUCACUGUGAGAAUGGUUCCCAAAGAGAGGAGACAAGAAUUGAUUUUAAUAAGAUGAAUGCGCAGGAGGUUUCGGUUCUUGAUAAACAACCAGAAAGUGACUCUUUAUUAGAGUACUCCCAAUAUGAGUGCAGAAAAAGCACUUUUGGUGAUAAAGAUCAGGGUUCACCCACCUUCAAUGUGGCAAGUCAUGUUGACACUAUGCUGCAUCAGUCAGCUCUGAAAGAAUCAUUUGUUUUAACUGUGGAAAAGGUUGGUUCUGGCAUGGUAGAGAAUGCCUUAUGUGAACGACAAGAGGAAUCAUUUGUUAACAACAUCUCUCAAUGUACUGGUAAUACUAGAGAAUAUAGACAAGUAUAUCUAACUGAAGAAAGAUUCCAGAGCCGUUGGUUAGGUGGUUGGUCCGCAAGGACUUAGAACCUCCUGUGGAGUUGAAAGAAAAAAGCAUGAGAACUAGAAGCAUUGCAAAAUUUUUUGUUCAUGAGUCAAGCUUUCUCUCAGAAUCGGCAGAUAUUGCGCCCGAUGAAAAUUCCGUUGUGCAGAUUG